CCACUGAGAUAUUCCCUGGUUGUCAUUUGAUUUUAGAUUUGUUAGGUUUACCUUAGAGCCUGUCUCCAGGUUGGUGGUGAUUGUUGAAUCUGGAAACAGGCUAUUCGCUAUUAGAAAAGUACAGCUCAAUGGUAAUAAGAUUGCCGGACUAAUUCCUUUUAAAAGUCUUAAGUUUAACAAGUCUAUUAGUUGCUAAAUCCUGUUUCUACCGUUUCCUGUCCUAGGUUCAUGCAUGAACAACACUGAAGGAUUAAGGGCAUGUUUGGUAUACACUUAGGAAAUGAAAUGGAAAGGGUAGGGUUAGUAUUACCAAUAUUAGUUGUUUGGUAUAUCUUAGGAAAUGAAUCACUUGUAACAAAUUGGGGAUCGAGUAGGGUAACAAUUUUGUUACCAUAGGGAUGGAAAAGGUAACAAAUAAUAGUAAUGUUAUCCUUAGGAUAUGAAUUGUGUUACCACUCCUUUCAUACCAAACAUAAGGUAAUGGAAAUAGUUAAUUGAUUCAAUUUCCAUCACUUAAAAGCUCUAUACCAAACAUACUCUAAUUGUUAUCACAUUUCUGAUGAUUCGCUUGCAACUUGUCAAUGAUCAUCUGCUUAGCAUGGUAGAUCUCGUCACUGAUUAGCUAAACUAAAAUUCUAAUUAAGUUAACCUAGGAUUCUAAUCGAACUUGUAAGACUUGAUUCCCACUUCAUGUGACCAAAGAUUCAUUAUUAAUUUAAAGCUGAUCUAAGCUACUUUAGUUUUUUGUAUUAUUACCUGUUCCAAGUCGCCUGAUUUCCAGGCUAGUUGUACCUUUAAACUGUUUUUUAAGUUCAUAAAAUGAAAGAAAGAUUAUGCAAAAAUGUGGGUGAGAUAUUUGUCUUAUUGACAUAGCCACUUGAAAAAUGAGGCACAAGAUUUGGUAUGAACUGGUAGUAUCUUUGCCUCGCAGGGAAGACAGACACCCUAAGCUCAGCUGUAGGAGUAUAAUGUAGUUGUCCCCCACCUUUAAGCUGCCAAAGCCUUUUUAAUUUCUUUAGUUAGUCAACCCCUUUUCGUUGACUCGUAAAUUAUUCGUCGGUUCGUUUUCUGAGAUGCAACUUAGAGUAUAAAUUACUCGAUUACUAUAAUGACAUAAUGGAUCUAUGGAGUCAUGUUACACCAUAUUAGAGUAUUAGUGGUAAUGUCGACAGGCCUCUUGAUUUUCCUUGUGUUGUGCUUGUGACAUUUUUCAUUAACAUUUUUUUUUGAUUUUAUCGUAAAAGUCGUUCAUUAAAUUAAGAUAUUUUAGGUGAUUUGCCAUUUUGCGUUGAUGCGUUGAACUAUCUUUCCUUGAUCUACGCCAUUGCUAGAAUAUUAGAUCAAUUACAAGAAGAUAUAUGCUAUGAGUGUCCACCUCAUAGUCUUAUCUUUGAAUAAAAGUGGUGGGGAUUGAAUUUUGGUUGGUACUGCCAUUAUGGUUAUGAGCCGGGACGGCCGUGCUUGGUGACGAGCCUACAUGCCUUGGGCUUGAACGGGCCCAACCCACGCCAAUCACACUUGUUUCAUGUUGUGUCUGGGGGAUGAAAUUUUCAUUAAGAUAGCCCAGACACAGCCCAACUCACGUGUCGGGUCGGGGUUGUGUUUUCGUGUCUAUGCUUAAUUAUAUUUAAUUUAGCGUAUUUUGUCGUGUCGGGUUGUGCCAUGUUUUUCCCAAAAAAGUGCGGCCCUAGUCCUGCUCGUGUUGGGCCGAACCGGGCCAUUGACAUCUUUAGUACAAGCCAUAGCCACUAACUAGAGGGUACGCAAGAUGUUUAUCUAUACGUAAGAAGAACUGUCCUAUUAUACAAAAAUUCCGUAUGGGUCAACCUCAUUCGGGUUAGCUGUCUGUGGAUUGUGGAUGCUAACAUUAUGUUUGUCCACAAGCUUUUUGUAAUUAAUUCUGCAAUUACUGAAUACAUAUGCCAUUAAAGACUUGACAAUGAACAGUUGAUUGGAGAAAAAAGACAAGUAGUUGCUGUGAUUUGUGUAUAGAUGUUCACCACAGAUUUCAUUAGUUCUGUUGCUUUGUGUUAUAGAUUAAUGACAAUCAUUAGGUCUACCUAAUCAAGAACUACAAACCUACAAAGCUGGCAACUAAUUUCUUUUUCUUUUUUCUUUUCGUGUGGGUCCCUGCAAAAACAUUAAAAUUUCAAGGGAAUAAUUCGGUAGUCUUUAUUUACAGUAGCUAACAAUUGACCAACCCAGAGCAUGCCAAGGUUCCUAGGUGAUCACCACCUAACAGAAACUACUGAUUCUGGGUCGUUAUGAAGCUAACAGCUCCAUUAACCGUUCUUCUGCGUUGACGCGAUAGAGUUAACCUUUUUUUUUUUUUUUAAAGAAAAAUGACCAUACUGAAUGUCUGAAUCGGCAUUUAUCUCAGGUUAACUUAUUGUAUGAUAAAGAUCUCCGUAAUCGGCAUUUCUGGCCCUAAUUUAUUAUAGGAGUCACAUUUUCAUUUUUAGUAAUUUUUCUACCCGAUCAUCUAAUUAAAUAAUAUAUCUAAUUUACCAUAUAACCCACCACCAUGUUAAACAAUUCAUUUUAGAAAUCCACCCCACCAAAGUUAAUGGUUUCCACUUAUAUUUAUUUCAUUCUACUAUUCUUCCUUAAUACAUGUGCGAUGAAGGAAUCUACUGCACUGAUACCUCACACAAGUAUUUCCAACCACCUUUCUAGGUCAAAUCGGAGAGAUUAUCCGGGAAAUUUCACCUCCAAAGGGCCAAUAGUGAGAUUUUAUCCCAUAGUGUUGGGUAAAAAUAUAUUGUAUUCCCUCUGUAUUUUUUUAAGGAAUACACUUGCCUUUUCCGGCCGUAUUUAUUUAAGAGAUACACUUGUCAUUUUUAGUAACUUAUCAACCCCAUCAUCUAAUUAAAUAAUACAUCUAAUUUACCCUAUGACCCACCAUUCUAUUAAAAAAAUAAUUUCAUAAACUCACACCACCUCCCACCCCACCAAAAAGACACGGUCCCCACUUAUUUACUUAUUAAAAUAUCUACCCAAGCCCAUUUGUUUUAUUAUUUUAUUGCAUUUAAUUCUUUUUCUUAAUACACGUGUCUGGUCAAGUAUAUCUCUUAAAUAAAUACGGAGAGAGUACUCCAUAAGUCCAUAGGACAUUAGUUUUUAACUUGUUAUAUCAAUAUGGAGUAAUAUUGUAAUAUAAUAAUUUCAUAUAGUCAAAAGUAAAAUUGAGUAUUAAUCUAACAAUUAAUGAAAUGUAAAAAACGUGCAAUUAAUUUUUUAUUUGUUCCCUAAAAAGAAAAUCAUGUACCAAAAAUAAACGAUAUGAUAUUCCAAAAUAAAUUUGUCAUAAGGUAGAAAUUGAUCCCAUUCCACAAUUCCACCCCACCCUACAGCCCUCCCAUGUCUGGAGUAUAUCCAGCUCCUAUCCUUACUGUCACCCUUUCCCCUCUUCUUUUAUAUAAAUAACACCAAAUCAUCACUUCCAUUCUCCCUCCUCUUUCUCUCUCUACAUCUCCUUCCACCUCUCUAUCCUCCAUUAACGGUAUAGUCGAGCAGCAAACAAUUUUUAUUAUACAACGGGUCGACCAUGACGGAAGUCAAAGGGAAAGGGAAUCAUUACAUGGUUGAGAAAAUGUCCAAGGAAAUAAACACCGCCGCCGGCGAAACACCGGAACUCCCGGUAUCCCUUCACCAACAACAAGUCAUCGACGAGAACGAAGCUUUGAUCAUGGAAUCCUUUUCUUCCAACAACAGUUGUUGCUCUUUUUUCCCCUGUUUCGGGGGCCAACCCAGCCCGAACCGUUCAUCCGGGCUUGGUGGAUCAACAUCCUCUCCGUCCAUGUGGGAGAGGCUACAACAGACGGCUGAGAUUGAGAAUAAGUGGUGGGCUGGGCCAUUACAGGGCCUUAAGAAGAUGCGGGAGUGGUCCGAGAUCAUUGCUGGGCCCAAAUGGAAGACUUUUAUUCGCCGGUUUAAUCGGGGCGGGAAGAGUGCAACUGGGUCGGGUAAAUUUCAGUAUGAUCCUUUGAGUUAUGCGCUUAACUUUGAUGAUGGACCGGGGCAAAAUGGUCAUUUGGAUGAAGAUGGUUAUUUUCCUGAUUUUUCAUCUCGUUUUGCUUCCAUUCCCAAAUCUAGUAGAUCUUCCAUUGAUUUGGGCAAGAAUGGAAUUCCAUCUCUUUCUUAAUUUUUAACUUUUUUUAUUUAUUUAGUGCAGAUAAUUAUAUACCCACAAUUGUACUUAUUUAUUUAGCUAAAAUUUUGAGUGUAGCGAUUUUGCAAAUAAAUAAGAGAAAGUAUCAAUUUUUGUCAACACAAUAAAUAAA